AUGAGUUCGAGUCAAGCACAGGGCAGCAAUGGCCCGGGAGACAAUAUGGCCGACAUCCCAGAACUGGCCCCAGAAGCAGACGAUCACAGGCUAGGGUCGAGCUCUAGCGAUGAGGAGACAAUAAGAGGGGAGCGUGACGAAGACUAUGUUGCUGAUGCCGCCAUACUGGAGGAAGAGGAAGAGAACCGGCCAGCUGACGUUCCAAUACCCACUGUCGAGGUCGAUACCUCAGCUUCCAUACCCAACCACUAUCGUGGAAUUGUUGGAGCUUCACAGGAGGCUGCUUCGGAAGAUGGGUCGACCGAUGCUAUACCCCGGUUGGCGGCAAGCCCUAUGGGUUCCAACCUUUCAAUUCCAGAUGAUACUCCGUCUGCUCAGGGCUCCGUCGUUUCCUCAAUGGGUAGCAGUGUCUUGCCCUCCUUCGCUCGCCGACCUGGUAUGAGCCCAACGCCAUCUUUCAGGCCGUUUGACCAGAGAUUCCAAUCUCGUAUUGCCUCGCCACACCUAAGCUCUCCCCGACCGUCCUCACCUGCCUUUCUUGCUGGACAUAGCCGAACAGUGUCUGUGAGCAGUCAGUUUCUACUCGAUUCGGGUGAAACAGAGACGCUGUCUCCGCCAUGGGAGGUUGUGAGGUGGACGAAGCUGAGAAAGCUAAAUAGCCAGGCUUUCUCGGAGGCAGGAAAGAGAAAUUUUGGAACUCCGACCUGUCUUGCCGUCACAGCAAAUAUCGUGAUGGGGACAACAAAGGGCAUAAUCCUGGUUUUUGACUAUAACCAAAAUCUCAAGGCUAACUGGAUGGCAGCUGUUGAGUCGGGUCCUAUCACAUCGAUUGCCAUUUCGGCAGACCAUAGCACUAUAGCUGGUGGACACUCUAACGGCAAUAUCUUUACCUGGGACACCACCCGAGCGGCGAGACCGUUUCUUAGCAUACCCCAUCUGGACUCUACACAAGUCCAACGCAGAACGGCCGACGGUCAUGUCUCCAAUGUUGCUAUCACUCACUUAGGAUUUCUCGGAACACGCCACACAGCACUCGUUUCGGCCGACGACAGAGGAAUGGCCUUUUCACAUCUCGCAACGCGGGGCACAGGAGCACUGGGAAGGACAGUGAAGACCACUCGCAUUCUCGGGCGCUAUCCAGACUCAAAACCACCUGUUGGAAAAACCCUCAAGCCCAGCACUGUACUAGGGUUUUCCCCAUGUCCCCUUGGUAACGUCGAGAUGGCUACUGACGGUAUGGGCCUCACGGCGAUGCUCACCCCCUAUUUGCUCGUCAUUGUCUCCACAACCCCUAUCGCGCAAACUCAACACAAAUCCGCCCGUCCAAAAGAGGUUGCAGCACACAGUGCCAUGACCGGGUGCCUAGCUUGGUUUCCAGCUGUGAAGCUGAAGGUGCCGGACCCUGUUACUGGAAGUCAAAUUUCCAAAGUGAAAUUGGUGUACUGCUGGUCAAAUGUCCUCACUGUACUAGAUGUGGAUGAGAUACCAGAAGACGACAAAGAAAAACUCCCAAGUCUCAAAUUCAGAGCACGGAGCCGAUGGACGUGUGAGGAAUCAAUCGCGGCUGUCCAAUGGCUCAGCAGAUCAGUUCUGACGGUUCUCACGAUAUCCCAACGGCUGAUCGUGCUCGAAGAUCGAAGCAUGCGCAUGACGGAGGCUUUUGACUUGAUGGGCAAGCACAUCUAUCAUGCAGAUCUUUUUUCAAAACAGCUGAACCCACUGGUGGAACAACUGGAUGAAGAUGUCGACUCGAUGCAUGGUGUCGUUGCUGACGCGUUCUACAUGAGUUUCAAGGCGUAUAAAAGCCGCCUGUUUCUCCUGGGAUUCAAUGAUGUUUCGAUAGGCGCUCUGUCCAACUGGGCUGAUCGCUUGAUCGCGUUGAUGGAAUCUGGGGACUAUGUGGGGGCCAUCCAACUUGCCACGUCCUACUACACAGGUGAUGCUAAUAAGCUCACCGUCGGACUUCCAGAAGAUGCAAAACUCAGACACUCUAUGGUCCAGGACAAGCUGAUGGAAAUCAUGAGCGCCUCGCUCAAGUAUGCAUUUGGGCAGAGACAGAAGCGGAAAGACAGCGUUACAGACGCUCAUCUGCAAGAGCUGGCCGAAACCUGCUUUGUGGCUUGCCAAAGCGUCGGGGACGAGGACUUUGUCUUUGACGAGAUGUGGGAAUGGUACGAAGAUGCCGAGGUCGAAGGCAUUUUCCUUGAGACUUUGGAGCCAUACAUCCUCGAUGGAUCUAUUACGACGGUCCCUCCAGUUGUGGUCAAAGGCAUGGUCACCCACUUUGUGAGCAAAGGGCUCGAAAGCCGCUUGGAGGAACUGAUAUGUCAUCUGAACACCGCGACUCUCGAUUUGGACCAAAUCACCCUACUUUGCAAACAACACAGCCUUUACGACGCCCUCCUCUAUGUCUGGAAUCAAGCCCUUCAAGAUUUCAUUACACCCCUCCUCGAUUUGCUGGCUUUAUUGGUACCAUUGAUGCAAAACGGCCGAUAUUCAGGCUCAGCAAACCCGAUCGAGGAUGAUAUUUAUGGGGUCAAUGCCCUCAAGAUCUUCCCAUACCUUUCAUAUGUCCUCACGGGACGGGUGUACCCGACUGGUGAGGCCCUGUCAGAAGAGAUCGCGCAGAGGGCAAAGGCUGAGCUUUAUUGGCUUCUCUUUUCUGGCAAAAGCAUUACCUGGCCUAAGGGCAGCAACAAGCGACUCCUCACGAAGCCUUCUCAGUCGCAGGAGCCGUCGUUUCCCUACCUACGAUUGAUCCUUAACUUUGAUGCGCCCAGCUUUCUGAGUGCCCUCAAUGAAGCGUUUGAAGAUUCCUUCCUCAACGAUUCGCCCGAGAAGCAGGCGGCAACCGGCAGCCGACCACGAGAUCUACCAGAAGAGCAAAUCUUCGGGUUGACUGUAGACAGACAGUACAUUGUCUCCAUCCUGAUGGAGAUCAUGAACUCGACCGACUACGAAACGACCGACACGAUCUACCUUGACAUGUUUAUUGCGAGAAACCUCCCCAAAUACCCACAAUAUCUGCUGUUUCCAGGCUCAACUCUUACCAAAGUGCUCGCGGGACUCUGCAAGUUUCCCGGCCGAGACCUGGCCGAGGAUGCUCAGCUGAGUGCGGAAUACCUGCUUUCGGUAUACCAUCCACCAGAUGUUAAUGACUUGAUUUCCCUUUUCAAGGAAGCUGGAUUCUAUCGCAUUUUGAAGCGCAUCUACAAGAACGACAAGCAAUAUGGGAAGCUCAUUGAGACUUAUUUUGACGACCCCGAAGACCAAGAAGCUGUGUUUAGCUGCAUUGAGGUCUGCUUACGACCGCAAGCGGGCCUUACACGGCGGCAAGUACAGGAUGUUCACCAAGUCAUCAAACGGCACGCGGCUCAGUUUGUCGAGAUCGACCCUCCCAUGGCAGCCAAAACCAUUGCAAAGGUUGCGCCCGAGCUGCAUCAUGAUGUCCUUCAAGCAUCUGGUGAGCAACCGGGACUGCAAUAUUCGUAUCUCAAGGCCAUCCUGGAGCCACAGACUGAACAACGUCGUACUGGGUCACCAGAUCGGGAUUUGGUUGAGCAGUAUCUGCGGCUGAUGUGCAGGUUUGAUCCAGCACAUGUGUCUGACUAUGUUGGGCUGGUUCAGUCUACCAAUCUACGGCUUGAAAACUUGCUUCCAACGAUGGAGGAGACAGGCGUGAUUGAUGCGGCUGUCAUACUUAUGGCCAAGGAAGGUCAGGCUCAGGAGGCAAUGGGUCGGUUGGUUAAGCACCUCGGAACACUAGAAUCUGCUCUCCAGGGUCUGCUUGCAGGUUCUGAACCUGAAUCGAACACUGAGCAGCUUCAUCAGUCUGUCGAGGAGCUGAUGGAGGCCUUGAGGAGGUACAUCCUAGUCGGCAUCUGGCUUUGCCAGGGACAGACGGAGACUGUGCGGGAAGCCAAUGCUGGUCGUCGACGGCAGAAGCCUACUCUUGACGAUGCACUGUCUUCUGAUGAGGCUCUCUGGCUUGAUCUGAUUGAUAUCGCGGUGCAGAUCACCAAGCAGAUCUCUACGGCCCUCCGGUUGUCUCCGGCAGAAACUCCCUCCGAGAACGAGAAGCCCAAUCUACCAUUAGGCGAUAACGACAAAAUCACCACUCUUCUCCGCUCUCUGGUGCAAAACACUUUUACCGCACUGCUCACAUGUACUUCAACUCCAUCACCUUCCUCGACCACAACUGCCGGCAUGGGCAGCAACCUGUCCUUUCUCCGAAUCCUCAGGGCGUUCCUCACACGUGCGGCUGCCUCCUCUCCCAACUUGGCCGACCUUCGCUCCGUCUUGUCGUCCAUUUUUGCGGCGUAUGCGUAUGAAGAGUCGAUCCUGCGGCUGUCCAACCGGCUUCUUGAGCGGAGUUUGUUCGUCAGUGUCAACGAGGCGGUCGCGCUCCGGCAGCGAGGAUGGCGACCACGAGGCUCAACCUGCGAGGCUUGCAGUCGGAGAGUGUGGGGUCCGGGGGUGGCUGGAAAUGUGUUUGAAGCUUGGGAGGAGAAGCAAGCGGUGGAAGAGAAGAAGAGGAAAUUGAGAAAGGCCCUGAUGUCACCGAAUGGUGAUGUCGGUGAGGAUGGGACAGGUGGUGACGAGGAAGAGGCUUAUGUUGGCAAGGGCAAAGGGAAAGGAAAGGCACCUAGUCCCAGGUUAAGACAGGAAGAUGGGGCGGUCGGUGAUGGCGAUGUUCAGACAGCUCAGGAUCCCCGAGAGGGACGGUCUGAUGAGGCUGGGGCUCCUAGGAGGAGGGAGCAGCCACCGUUGGGGCCGUUGGUCUUGCUUGCGUGUAGACAUAUUUACCACAAGAGCUGCUUGGAGGAGCUGUUGGCGAAGGAUGGGCAGGUAAAGGAAAAUGAGUAUAGAUGUCCUAUUGACGGGUAG